AAAUCAUUAUUAAAUAAGCAUUUCUGCCUAGUAUUUCUAAAGCCUGAUAUAUUUUCUUAAAACGUGACUGCUUAUCUAGAUUUUACCCCUCUCUUAAAAAAGGUAGGAAGGGUAAAAACCCCAACAGUCUUUAAAAGCACGUUUGUUAGGAGAACUCUAACCAGCUGCAGUGAAGUGGUGGUUCUCCCUGCCCUGCCCAAGGGCUAUUUUGAGGGAACAUGGUGAUGACUUAUUGGUAUGAGCAGAGGUACUUCAGCUAGAGUGUUUGUAUCUGGUUUGAAGAGUGUUUCAAGUCACCUAGACCCAUACAGCCAGCUGGAGAUCUUAAAGCAGUUAAAAUCCAAGCCCAGUAGUGUCUGGGGUGCUUCAAUAAUUUGUGCUUCUUCUGAAAAGUGCCAGUUGACUGGUGUCUGGUUUGUUCUGCACCAAGUCAGUUACUAGCACAGACGUCCAGCUUCUUUCUUCCAGAAGGCAUACUGCAACUGUUGAGACAGACAGAGCAGAAAUACAUUUAGGUGCAAGUAACAUGCUUGUAGUAUCUUCAUGUGUGCAAAUGGGUACAAAUACAUACCUUUAGUACAUACCUUCUCAUGUUCAAAUUGAAAACACCCUUUUAUAUGGUUCAUAGAUUAGCACUCAGCUAGAGCUUAAUAAAAGUGGAUGUUGCUGCACUGCAAACAAGCAGUGAUGCUCCUGUUACUGGCUGGCUAGCAGCGUGUUUGUCUUGCAGAUGUCAAAGAACUUCACAAACUUUCCGUAUUUAUAGAAAGUCUUGUAUUAUCCCCACCCUGCAGCUAGAGACAGAGGGCAAAUGGGGUGCAGAGCAUGGAGAAUGAUGAACUUCCGCCAGAGGAUGGGCUGGAUUGGUGUGGGGUUGUACUUGUUAGCAAGUGCUGCAGCUUUUUAUUAUGUCUUUGAAAUCAAUGAGACCUACAACAAACUAGCACUGGAGCACAUUCAGCAACAUCCCAAGGAACCACAGGAAGGAACCACAUGGACGCACUCCUUAAAAGUACGACUGCUAUCCUUGCCUUUCUGGCUGUGGACUAUAAUAUUUUUAAUACCAUAUUUACAGAUGUUCUUGUUCCUCUAUUCCUGUACAAGAGCUGACCCCAAAACUGUUGGGUAUUGCAUCAUUCCUAUCUGCUUGGCUGUUAUUUGCAAUCGUCAUCAAACGUUUGUGAAGGCCUCUAAUCAGAUCAGUAGAUUGCAACUGAUUGACACUUAGCUCAAUUUCUAGUUUCCGUAGCUGUUUUGAAGCAAUUGCAUAUGCCUGAUCUAAUCACAAGACUGAAGUUCUGAGUGAAGGCUGGAAAGAACCUUUUCUUUCAUACUGUUAAGCAAUGAAGAGAGUGACUGUUUUCUAUUAAAAAAAAA